CAGAGGGGCUCAGGUGUCCCGUCGCUGUCGCUCUAACCUGCCGGAGCUGUUGGGCUGCAGGGCCGCGGGGAGGACGACCUGAAUGCGCGGAGAGGGGCUGAAAUGGACUCGGUGGGCUUUGAGGACGUGGCUGUGAACUUCACCGCAGAGGAGUGGGCUUUGCUGGACCCGCCUCAGAGGAAGCUCUACAGAGACGUGAUGCUGGAGACCUUCAGGAACCUGGCCUCCGUGGGUUCUUGCUCUCAAGUUAAAACGAGUAGAUCAAGUGCUCAUUGGGAUAUUUUGGAGACUGGACUAUGCAGUGAAGAGAAAGUAGUAAGAUUCACAAGAAAUGAUUCCAGGUCUUUUUGGGGAGAAAACUGGGCAUUUCAUAACAUGCAAGAUCAGCAUCUAACUCAGGAGAGGCGUUUGAGAAAUAAUUUGGUGGAGAGUCUCUGUGAAGGUAAAGAAGGUCAAGAAGGUCAUCAAUGUCUAGAAACCCUGAACCAGAUUAUAGAUCUUACUGUGCAUGAGAGUUUCCGGACUGGAAUUCAGCCCCAUCAAUGCAUUAAGUGUGGAAAAGCCUUCAGGGAUCAUUCUUUCCAGAAGAAUCAGCAAAGAUCUUACCCUGGACACAAACAUUAUCCAUGUGAAGAAUGUGGGCAAGCCUGCAGCUGUAUCUCGUGCCUAAGCCCUCUCAGGGAAACAGACAUUGUAGAGAAACCCGAAAAACAUCAGGAUGCUGGGAGAGCAUCUAAGAGAUGCGUGAAGAGUGACAGUAGUAAACAGUCUUUAGAGUGUAAGAAGUCUGGAAAAGCUCUCACUUGUCCCUCAUCUUUUCAGGAACAUGAGAGAGGUCAUUAUGGACAGAAAAUCCACAUGUGUGAAGUAUGUGGGAAAUCCUUCAGUUAUUAUUGCCAACUUGCACGGCAUGUGAGAACUCACACUGGAGAGAAACCCUAUGAAUGUAAAGAAUGUGGGAAGGCUUUCACUCGCAUCUCACACUUCCGAGAACAUGUGAGAAUGCACACUGGAGAGAAACCCUAUGAAUGUAAGCAGUGUGGCAAAGCUUUCAGUUGGUGCACUUACCUUCGAGAACACAUGAGAACACACAGUGGAGAAAAACCCUAUGAAUGCAAGCAGUGCGGCAAAGCCUUCCCCUAUCUCAAAUCCCUGCAAGGACAUGUGAGGAUCCACACUGGAGAGAAACCUUAUGUGUGUAAGGAAUGUGGGAAAUCUUACAGUUGUCCCAAAUACUUCAGAAAACAUGUGAAAACACACAGUGGAGUAAAACCCUAUGAAUGUACAGAAUGUGGGAAAGCAUUCAUUACUUCCUCAUCCCUUCGAGAACAUAUGAAAACACACAGUGAAGAGAAGCCCUAUCAGUGUCAGCAGUGUGGGAAAGCCUUCAGGUAUCCCAGAUCCCUGCAAGGACACAUGCUAACCCACAGUGAAGGGAAGCCAUAUGAAUGUCAGCAGUGUGAAAAAGCCUAUAGGUGUCUCAUAUCCCUGCAAAGACACAUGAAGACACACACUGGCGAAAAAUUCUGAAUAUAAAAACUAUGGGAAAGCCUUCAUUCUCCCUUAAAAUCUUAUAAAUGGAGCAGUCACAGGAGAGAAACAUUAUGAACGGAAAGAAUGUGGGGAAACCUUCAGCACUUCACUUAUUUUAUACUUGAAAACUCAGGGUAGAGAGAAAAUUUUUUAAUAGAAAUAAAUAUGAUUUUUCCUUUUAA